ACGGGGCUCUGAGCCCCUCAUUCGAUUGGCCGGGGGAGGCGGGAAGGAGGGCGGGAUUUCACCGGGAAGAGAGUGGGGCUAGCCGGGGAGGCGGGGCCAGGAGUCGGGGGAGGAGCUGCUCGUUGGCAGGAAGGCGGGGCCGCAAGUCUGUGGGCAGGGAGGAGGGGCGGAGCCUGAGCCAGAGGGCAGGGUCGGCGGCGCGAGGCGCGUUCGAACCUCGACCUUGUUUGGACGUCGCUAGGCGACGGGUUUAGGCGCGCCCAAUCGGGAGCCACGCUGGGGCUGACGCCACGAAGGGGGCGGGGCCCGCGGUAGCACCGUUAGUGCGGACCGGCGGACUGGCCUGAGGCGCUGGAGCUCUCCCACCUUCCGGGCUCACCUUCCGGGCCGCCGCUGCCCGGGCGCUCUCCGGCGGGCCGCGGCGUUCGGGCCGCGGGGCAAGGGCUGGGGCAGGCGCUCGGCCCGCGCGCCGGCCCCGGAAAUCUCGACAGCCCCGAGCAUAGUGGGCCCGGGGCGGGGCGCGGCUCGGUGAGCCGCGCCGGAGGAGGAGGCGCCCGCGGCGGCGGCGGCGGCGCGGCCGGGCCCGCCUCGGCCAUGGGCAAUGGGCUGUCGGAGCCCGGCCCCGGCCUCCUGGCCGGCCUGCCCCCCUUCCAGUGCUUCCACAUCGUGAUCCUGGGCCUGGACUGCGCCGGCAAGACCACCGUGCUGUACCGGCUGCAGUUCGGCGAGUUCGUGAACACGGUGCCCACCAAGGGCUUCAACACGGAGAAGGUGCGCGUGACGCUGGGCAACGCCAAGACGGUGACGUUCCACUUCUGGGACGUGGGCGGCCAGGAGAAGCUGCGGCCGCUCUGGAAGUCGUACACGCGCUGCACCGACGGCAUCGUGUUCGUGGUGGACUCGGUGGACGUGGAGCGCAUGGACGAGGCCAAGACGGAGCUGCACCGCAUCACGCGCCUGGCCGAGAACCAGGGCGUGCCCGUGCUGCUGGUGGCCAACAAGCAGGACCUGCGCGACUCGCUGCCGCUGCCCGAGAUCGCGCGCCUGCUGGCCGUGGGCGAGCUGGCCGCCUCCACCCCCUGGCACCUGCAGCCCACCUGCGCCAUCAUCGGCGACGGGCUGCGCGAGGGCCUCGAGAAGCUGCACGAGAUGAUCCUCAAGCGCAGGAAGAUGCUGCGCCAGCAGAAGAAGAAGAGAUGAGGCCGCGGGCUGAGCGCCGCCGAGCCGAGCCCCGCGGGGGCCGGGGGGACGGGCUCGGGCCGGGCCGCGGCCCCCGGGAGCGCGCGGCCCCCGGCGCCGCCCGCCCGCGGGCUCGCACCGACCGGCGCCCCGCAGCUGUAGGCAUUGCCCCUCGAGGCACUAGGGAAAUAAAGCUAUGGACCGCGCGUGGCCUGGUGUGCGACGCGCCGGGGCGGGGGCCAGGCAGGGAGGGGGGCCGAGCUCGGGGAGGCGGACGUCCCCCCCCCCAGCCGGGGGCCGCCGGGCUCCGCUUUGUUGUGCGUGGGAAGCACUUGGGGGCGGCCCCCCGGAGCAGCAGGGGGGCGGGGGCUGCGCGGGAGCUUGGGGGGGUGGGCAUUUCCCCUGCCCGGGGGCCGCGGGGCGCCUCUUUGUCCGGUGUCGGAAGCACUUACGCGCCGGCCCCCUGGAGCGGCGGGGGCUCGGCGGGAUCGGGAGGCGGCCCCGCGCUGCGUCCUUGUUUACAGAGCGGACUGGCAGCGAUUCGGGCCGAGGCCGCUUCCUCCCGUCCGGCAGCUGCCUGAGCUAUCGCUGGGGCGCAGCCUCGGAAACCCGCCGGAGCAGAAGUCGGGUUUCUCACGGUGCCCCCGGGGCGGGGAAGCCCCGAAGUUCAAUGUGAAGACGUGGUUCGUGUGACUCUUACAAACAGACCUUUCCUACCAACCAGCAAUGACUUCUGACUGCCAUCGCCGUCGUUCUGCGUGUAAAGACACUUGAAUUGUACAACCAGCCACUGUUUGUUCUGAAGGCGACCAAAAAUGCACUUUAGCGGCGUUGUUUUUGUUUGGUUUUAUAGUGGUGAAGCCGUUUUAUCCGGGUUUAAAUAAAAAGUUAAGCUGCA